UUGCCUGUCUGCCCUACUCAGAAGUGAGGGCUCACUGGGCAGCAGCUUCAGCAGUACUGGGGACUCCAAGCCACCUCAUCUUAGCAUCUGCCCUGUGGUCUCUGGAGGUGCACUACCAAGAUGUCCUGGAGACAAGUCAUCCUCCUGUCAUCUUUCUUGGCCGUGGUGCUCCUGUGUAUGCUACAAGAGGGGACCAGUGCUUCUGUGGGCAGCAGACAGGCAGCCGGAGACCAGGCAGCGCAGGAAGGUAUGAAACAGAAGAUUUUCAUGCAAGAAUCGGAUGCCUCAAAUUUCCUCAAGAGGCGUGGCAAGCGGUCUCCCAAAUCCCAAGUUGAAGUCAAUGCGGAAAACAGACAGAAGCUGCGGGAUGAUGAGCUGCGGAGAGAGUAUUAUGAGGAACAAAGGAAUGAGUUUGAGAACUUCGUGGAGGAGCAGAGAGAUGAGCAGGAAGAAAGGACCAGGGAGGCAGUGGAGCAGUGGCGGCAGUGGCAUUAUGACGGCCUGUACCCUCCCUACCUCUACAACCGCCAUCAUGUCUGACCUCAACCUGAAGCAACUAGGGGAGUGGGGUGUGAGACAUGCCACCAGGUCCCCUACACACCUGCCUCUCUGCAACAGAUAGGCCCACAAGGGGAAGCUCGGGGACUGCCCAGGCCAACAGCUCCUGGGAAUGCACACCCUUUAUUCUGAUGUCUUACAAUGCCUGGCUUUUGCUUCUUUGUGGGUGAUUCCUUCCUUCCUUCCUUCCUUCCUUCCUUCCUUCUUUCCUUC